AGCACUCCAUAUAACUUAUUAACUGUAACCCGACAAGGAACUUUUUGUUAAGGUGUUGGCUAUUCAAAGAUGAUUCAACUAUGGGGUGUCACUGCUGUUGUCAUCACAGUUAUACUUCUGUCCGCUGCUGAUGCUGCAAAAGGCUUUGCAGAAGAGCUUCGGCACCUAAAACCCCAAGCCGACGCCACAACCCAGACCUCAGCAGCACAGGAGCUUAUUAAGAGACUUCUUCCUACAAGCCACCAACAUUUCAUACUCCAUGUCGACCCAGCUAUUGGAAAUGAUGAUCAACUGGAUAGUUUUGAGAUUUCAGCUGACGGAACCUCGGUGAAGGUCAUCGGCACCACAGGAGUAGCGUUGGUAUGGGGCGUCCAGCAUUACCUGGUCCAUUACUGUAACUGUCACAUCUCUUGGGAUGGAAACCAACUAUAUCUACCUCCCGAUGGGCAGUGGCCUGUGAUAAAACCACCUCUGAAGGUCACUACUCCUAACAGAUUCCGUUACUACCAGAACGUGUGUACCGUGAGCUACACAUUUGCCUGGUGGGAUUGGGAGCGUUGGGAGAGGCACAUCGACUGGAUGGCACUGAGCGGUAUCAACCUUCCGCUGGCUUUCAAUGGACAGGAAGCUAUCUGGCAGAAGGUCUACCUUAAGAUGGGUCUCCAACAGGAGGACCUGGACAAACACUUUGGUGGACCAGCAUUCCUCGCAUGGGCUCGCAUGGGCAACAUCGAUGGAUGGGGCGGACCCCUGCCACAAUCGUGGCAUGAAAACCAACUGGCUCUACAACACAAGAUUCUGAGGAGGAUGAGAGACUUGGGAAUGAUACCUGUUCUACCUGCGUUUGCAGGUCAUGUCCCAAAAUCCUUUUCAACAGUCUUCCCGAAUGCAUCUGUAUCAUAUCUAGGGGACUGGGGACAUUUUGGUGAGAAAUACUGCUGUACUGCACUUUUAGACCCCCAGGACCCGAUGUUUGCCCAGGUUGGGAAGGCUUUCAUUGAUGCAAUGUCUGAGGAGUUUAAUGGUACAGACCAUAUCUACAGCGCAGAUACAUUCAACGAGAACACGCCCAGUUCAAAUGAUUCUGCCUAUCUUUCAGCUGCCAGUAGGGGUGUAUAUCAAGGCAUCAUCGAGGGGGAUCCCCAGGGGGUGUGGCUUAUGCAGGGCUGGCUGUUCCAGAGGAGUGAAUUCUGGGGCCCCUCCCAAAUCAAAGCCCUCCUACAUGGUGUCCCAAUUGGCCGAAUGAUCGUCCUGGAUCUCUUUGCGGAAGCCCGUCCCAUCUACAACGCCACGGAAUCCUUCUACGGUCAGCCGUUCAUAUGGUGUAUGCUCCACAACUAUGGCGGCAAUCAUGGUCUCUAUGGCAAGCUCAAUGCUGUUAACAAGUUUCCCUUUGAUGCCAGACAAUUCAAGAACUCUACAAUGAUUGGCAUGGGCUUAACACCAGAGGGCAUCCUUCAAAAUUAUGUAAUGUACAACUUCCUCACCGACAUGACCUGGAGGUCAGAAAGCACAAAUGUCUCUAAAUGGAUUGAGGAAUAUUCUAGCAGACGCUAUUAUUCUCCAGACUCUCGGCGGAGCAAGGAGGCUGCUGAGGCCUGGGCUAUCUUACGAAGCACCGUCUAUAACAACACAGGCAUCUACAAAGAUCACCAACAUGCAAUACCUAUUAUGAGACCUUCGAAUAAAUUAAAAUCUUAUAUUUGGUAUGAUUAUACUGAAGUGGCCAAGGCAUGGGAUUUACUACUCCAAGCAUCAAAGGUGUUGGAAACAAGUUCUUUGUUUAGGUAUGAUCUGGUGGAUGUGACCAGAAAUGUUUUACAGGACCUUGCUUUUCAUUUUUAUGAAAAGAUAAUGGAGUCUUUUCAUGCACAGAACAUCACAGCCAUCAGAGGUAACGGGACUCUUCUCUGUAACUUGAUUCUUGACAUGGAUAACAUCACUUCCUCUCAUGAGAAAUGGUUGCUAGGUACAUGGCUGGAGGAUGCAAAGUCCCUAGCAACGAAUCAUAAAUGCAGUUGCCAACAUACAGUCCACUGA